AUGAUCAGUGUCUUUAAAGCCACUCAGGAAUGUGAAGAGCGGGUGACCCCACCUCCCAAUUGGCAGAAGGGCCGCCCCUACUAUUGUAGACGGGCCUUUGACACGCAGGAGGCCCUGAAGAUACACAUAGCUUGUGCGCACACACCUAGCGAGCGUUGUGGGGUGUUCGGGUGCCGGGCGAGCUUCUGCCCAAACGAAGCUGAGGCACUGCAGUUACACAGGCUGCGGGGGCAUGUCUAUUCCCCCGUGGGAGGGACUGAGCCCUGCCGUAAAAGGCCCAGGACUCUAGUCAGAACGAUCAAAGUCGAGACAGAUACGGAUGGGAGUACCCCCGCACUGCCAGCCCCUGGAGUGGCGGUCGAGAAAGAGAAGGCAGAUCAAUCCUGCCAGGCAUCACCAGCAUUUUCGGGGUCCACCGACACAGCCCCUGAGACACAACAACUUGAAGAUUCCCAUGCCCGUGUCCAGGAUUGGUUAGACGGGUUAGAGGGCAGACUUAAGGAUGAGAGGGACUCAAGCUCCUUCCGAUGGUCCGUCGGAACCUUGGAGAGUUUGGAUUUCUCACUAGGGGUGUAGGAUGAACUGCAGACUUUUGGACUUUUGAGAACCUUUCAUAAAUUUACUACAAACUUUUGGACUUUUGAGAACCUCUAAUGAAUUUACUACAAACUUUUGGACUUUUGAGAAUUUUAUAAAUGCAAUAGCAACUUUUGGACUUCUUUUAACAGAUCAUAAUGACAUACCUCGGAAAUUUUUGGACUUUUGAGAUGAGAUUCCUUUGUGCAGGGGGUAUGUUUAGAGAGAAUUUAUUUUCGUAUACUCGUAACAUAUGGUGUAAAUAAUGUAAAUAGAAGUGGUAAGUGAACUGUGCUAGUUGUUGUAUUUAAUCAUCAGUUGUUUGAGGGCAAACAAUUUUCUUCUUUAAGGGGGGUAGUUGUAGAGAUCCUCCCUACACGUAAACUAAUAAUUAUGCGAGAGUGUGAUAGGUAAUGCAGGGAA